AUGGCCCCUUCAGUCAAUCCCAAUCAGCCCGCUGGCGGCGAGGAGAAAAAGUUCCGCUACGACUUCUCCGCCAAGGGCGGCUUCCCGCAGCCUCUCACCUUUAAGGAUAAGCGCGAGGAGCGCGAGUAUCUCAAGGGGCGCCUCACGGCCGCCUUUCGCAUCUUUGCCAAGUAUGGCUUGAAUGAGGGCGUCGCUGGCCACAUUACCCUGCGGGAUCCGGUUGAGCCGGAUACGUUUUGGGUGAACCCUCUUGGCGUCUCCUUUGCGCUGAUCAAGCGGUCCGAUCUCGUGCGCCUCGACGACGAGGGCAAGGUGAUUGACCACGGAGACUGCAAGCUCGUGAACCAAUCCGCCUUUCUCAUCCACGCUGCCGUGCACCGUGCCCGCCCGGAUGUCAUCUGCGCCGCCCACGCGCACUCGUUCUACGGGCGGACCUUUUCCGGCCUGGGCCUGCCGCUGGCCUUCAUCUCGCAGGACGCGUGCACGUUCUACAACGACAUUGCGCUGUACGACCAGUUUGACGGCAUCGUGCUCGGCGGCCGCGAGGGCGACGUCAUCGCCGCGGCCAUGGGCGGCAGCAAGGCCGUGAUCCUGCGCAACCACGGCCUGCUGACGGCGGGCGCCUCGAUCGAGGCCGCCGUCUUCUGGUUCGUCGCGCUCGAGAGCCUCUGCCACUCGCAGCUCGUCGCCAUGGCCGCGUGCGCGCACCCGGGCGUCACGCUCAAGGAGGUCGGCCAUGCCGAGGCCCAGGAGACGUACGACACGCUCGGCCAGCAUGCCACGGCCUGGUUCUCGGCAAAGCCCAUGUUUGACCUUAUAGCGCACGAGACGGGGGAGGACUACCUGCAAUAG